AUGUCUCGCCUCAGCGUGCGAGCGCUACGAGUGCUGACGCCCGCGUCGGCGCUGGCCUCGCUCGUGGCGAACGCCAUCGCGCUCUGUUCCAACAGCUGGCUCCACAGCACCGAGCUCAUGCCCAACCCGAGCUACAACGGCUCCGGGGACCGCGAGCAGCUAGCCAAGAACACCGUGUCCGGGCUCUGGAAGAUCUGCUUCAACGAACACGCGGUGAAGCGUGCCUCGGCCUUCAUCCUGAUCAGCGCCCUGGUGCUGGUGGUGGGGGAGCUGCUGUGCUUCCUCGGCCACCUGUUUCGGCGCGGACGGGUGCUCACCUUCGCAGGAGGCAUCGCCUUCAUACUCUCCGGGCUCAUGAUCCUGGUGGGCAUGGUGAUCUACAUCUCGACCUUCAAGGCCGAGGUGGGCUCCAAACUGCGGCCCAAGUCUUCCUUCCAGGAGCCCCUGUUCACAUACAGCUACGGAUACUCGUUCCUGCUUGCUGUCACGGGCCUCAUGUCGUGCGAGCUGGCGGGCACUUUCUCCAUCUUCCUCUGCAUCCAGCGCUACCAGCAGCAGCUCAGGAAGAAGCUCGACCGGCUCAAGCCCGUCGACCACCUGCCGGGCUGCCGGCGCUACCAGCAGCCCCUGCAGCGACACGCCUCGUCGGCGAGUCAGCGUCUGCUGCCGCACUCGUCUUCCCCGCCUGCCUCGGCCGCCGGCAGGAGCACGUCGGCCCGGAGGCACCACUCGUACCACCAGCAGCACACGGGCUCCGAGCCCGGAUCGCUGGCCUUCGAGCCGCCGUCGCCUCCGGGCGGAUCUUCUAGGCUUCACCACCACCAUCACCACGGUGGCGGUGGCAGACCGCGCCUGCCGGCGUCGGAGUCGAUGAGGGACCUGUCGUACUACAACUUCCCGCCUUUCUCGAGGGACACCACCUGCAACACCGUCUCCACCACGGCCGACAACUUGACGCGCGAGUACUCGCGCGAGUUCUCCUUUGAGACGCUACGCCGGACCACGCCGGUCUGAGGUCGCCUGCUCUGUAGGGUGUGGCUCUUUGCACUCGGCGUAGCUACUCGGAGGUGUAGCUACUUACCAUCGUCGUUGACAUCGACGAUGACUCAGCAAUCACUCACUCGCUCUACGCUGGAGACACUGCGCCGGGCGAAGCUCAGCCGUGAAAGAUCCUUGUUCGCUUGCUCCGCGUAUUGCAAAUAAUUAUAGACGUUCGUGUAUAGGGAAAAACCCUAUUACCGUGCGCUAGCAGAGAAGGAGUAAACGAGGGAGCGUCGAGG